AUGUUACUGCUGCUCCUACGUGCAAUCAAUGCACAACUUGACGACAGUGAUCUGGUGUCUUUCAUUACUCUUCCGCACAUUCGAGCGUUAAAAUUCAACAUCACCUACCAUGAUCCUGACCUGGUAAGCCCGGGGUACUGGUUCGUUGCACCAUAUACGAGAAUAGAUCAAGAACCUCCGACGAAGAAAUGGGAGCCUUGCCAGAUUGGACCAUAUAUCUACGACGCGAAUGGGACUCUCAUAUGGGCAGGGUCUUGCUUGUUUGAAAACAGAAAUAUUUUCGACUUUAAGGCCGUGGAUAACAUAGAUGACCGGUAUCAUUUGUCGUUCAUCGAACAGCAUCAGUGGCAGGAUGAUGGCACGGAUAAAGGACGGGGUUUUAUCUUCAACGAACACUACGAAGUUGAGCAUACCACCCCUGUUACCAAUGACCUCACAGCAUUCAAUAUGCAUGAAUUCAAUGUUCUUGAUGGGGGGAAGACAGCAUUGGCUUGCGCAUACCGGGCUCAAUUGAUGCCUUUAGAAGAUCUUGGUCGGCCAGAUGAAACUGCUUGGGUCCAGAACGGUGGAUUCGUCGAGCUGGAUACUGAAACUGGUAACGUCCUUGUCGACUGGAAUUCUCCCGGCCGCAUUUUCAUGACCGAGUCUGUAAAAUUGAAUCAAUGGGACCGGCCAAUUGAUUAUCCCGGUUGGGACUACAUGCAUGUCAAUUCGGUUGAUAAAAAUGGCGCUGGGGAUUACCUCCUGUCCGCUCGAUUCACAAAUACCAUCUAUUUAAUUUCCGGAGUGGAUGGGCGCAUUAUCUGGCGACUAGGCGGGAAAUAUACAAACUUCGAGCAAGACUUCACCUUUUCCAAACAGCACCACGCUCGAUUCGUCGAGUCGAAUGCCACACAUCACACAAUCUCAUUUCUAAACAAUGCCUCUGAUGAAAGAAGCGAGGAUGAAGAAGUCUCAUCCGCACUCUAUGUCCAGCUAGACACCAGCGCGUCGCCAAUGGUGGCCCGUGUGAUCAAACGUUUCUACCGUCCAGACGGCGGCCUCACCAGGCUCCGUGGUAAUGUUCAGACCUUGCCAAACGGCAAUACUUUCGUCGGUUGGAGUGAGGGCGGCUACCAAAGCGAGUCUUCCGCUGAUGGAAAGCUCCUGAUGGAAGCUAGCUUUGCAUCUAAUCGCUUCUCCUCCUACAGGUCCUACAAAUUUCCAUUCCGCGGCCGUCCGAACACGCCACCAGACCUUGUAGCCUCCGUCUACGGUACGGACGACACCAACUUCGUCACCGUCUUCUAUGUCAGCUGGAACGGUGCGACGGAUGUGGCAUCAUGGAACUUUUACGCACGCCAGAACGGUGGGUCAAUCCUGGUGGGUAACACCACCAAGACGGAUUUCGAGACCAUGUACGUUGCGACUGGAUACUUGGACUGGGUGUCGGCCGAGGCAGUGGACAAGGAUGGUCAAAUUCUUGGUGUCUCGAAUGUGCAUCGUACCAUUGUUCCUGAUAACUGGGAGGCAGCCGGAUUUCGAGGCAGGAAUGAGAAGCCUGUAGUAAAUAGCCCUCAGGGUCUUCCAAACGUCAAGAAUCUGCAGGAUGAAGAAGGAGAAGAAAGUGGGGUGGACUAUGAAGAGAAUCAAAGAGUUAAUGAGAACCACGACGAUCCAGACAUUCAUGCAGACGACGUGGUGAUAGCAUCGUCCAUUAAAGAGGAACAAGUUGCCCAUCGCACGCAUCCGGGAGGGGACGAGGUCAUUCGCGGAGUUGGUAGCCUUCUCAUUCUUGUCCUUUCUCUUUGCUCCAUCUGUGGAAUCCUGGCUGGUCUCUACAUGUUUAUUCUACGACGGUGUAUGCAUGCAUACAGUCAAGUUCCCUUGGAGGAAGCAGGUGCCUCAGAUAGCAGUUAG